AUGGCGCUCGACCAAUACACUUACGUCUUUGCCAUUGGCACAUUCUUUGCUAUGCUCGAUGCAUACAACAACGGUGCAAACGAUGUUGCAAACGCUUGGGCGACCAGUGUGUCGUCUCGUUCCAUUACCUACAGACAGGCCAUGAUCUUCGGCACCAUCUUUGAGAUGCUCGGAGCCAUCACCGUCGGUGCCCGUACCGCCGAGACCAUCAAGAACGGUAUCAUCCCCAACAGCGCCUUCAACGACAACGCCGGUGUCCAGAUGCUCGCCUUCACCUGCGCCCUUGCUGCCGCCUCUACCUGGGUCAUGUGGUGCACGCGCCACUCUGCUCACGUCUCCUCCACCUACUCUCUGAUUUCUGCCGUCGCUGGUGUUGGUGUCGCCACUGCCGGUGCCGACAAGGUUCAGUGGGGUUGGAACAACGGAAAGGGUCUUGGUGCCAUUUUCGCCGGCUUGGGCAUGGCUCCCGCCAUCUCGGCCUGCUUCGGUGCCAUCAUCUUCAUGCUCAUCAAGGUCGUCGUCCACCUCCGCAAGAACCCCGUCCCCUGGGCCGUCUGGACCUCGCCCUUCUUCUUCCUCAUCGCCGGUACCGUCUGCACGCUUUCCAUCGUCUACAAGGGUUCCCCCAACCUGGGCCUGAACAAGAAGCCCUCUUGGUACAUUGCCGCCGUCACCAUGGGUACCGGCGGUGGCCUUGCCGUCCUCUCCGCCCUCUUCUUCGUGCCUUUCGUCCACGCCAAGGUCAUCAAAAAGGACUACACCAUCAAGUGGUACCACUUCAUCCAGGGUCCUCUCCUCUUCAAGCGCCCUGCCCCCGCCGAUGCCGAGCAGGCCAAGGUCCCCAACUACGCCGUCGUCCAGGAGGAUGAGGAUGAGGAGACCCUCCCCCAGCACAAGUCUGCCCCCUCUUCCGAGUCCGGUGACGAGCCUCUCAAGGAGAGCAAGGAGAUCCAGAUCCCCCACGAGAAGUCCCUUGCUGCCGCCGAGAUUGGCCAGGGUCCUACCUACAAGCAGCUCCAGGCCGAGGGUGAGGCUAAGCUUCACGCUAAGCUCCUCAAGAAGCGUGGCCCUCUCGGCUGGGCCAUGCGCCUUCUCCGCGACAACCCCAUGGGUGCCGGUCAGAUCUACGAGAUCCACAACAUGAAGAUUCUCCUCAAGCGCAUUCCCGCCAUGAUCGUUGUCGGUGCCCUCUACGGUCUUCACUACGACAUUCACGCCGCUCAGACUGGUGUCGCCGGUACCCCCGAGGGUGAGCGCAUGAGACGCGUCUAUGCCAGCGCUAAGAAGUACCCCAACGAGGUCGAGCACACCUACUCUUUCGUCCAGAUCAUCACUGCCUGCACUGCUUCUUUCGCCCACGGUGCCAACGAUAUCGGUAACUCCGUCGGUCCCUGGGCUGUUAUCUACUCUGCCUGGAGCACUGGUGAUGCCGCUGCUGCCAAGGCCCCCGUCCCUGUCUGGCAGCUCGCUGUCCUCUCCGCUACCAUCUCUCUUGGUCUGAUCACCUACGGCUACAACAUCAUGAAGGUCAUGGGUAACAAGAUCACCUACCACUCCCCCAGCCGUGGCAGCUCCAUGGAGAUGGGUGCCGCCAUUACCGUCCUGGUCUUCUCUCAGUUCUCCCUGCCCGUCUCUACCUCCAUGUGCAUUACUGGAGCUACCGUCGGUGUCGGUCUUUGCAACGGCACCCUCAAGGCCGUCAACUUCCAGCGUGUUGGUCUCUUGGUCUUCUCCUGGAUCAUGACCAUCCCUAUUGCCGGCACCCUCGGCGGUGUCCUCAUGGGACUUUUCCUCAACGCUCCUCACUUCUAA